AGCCCUUUCUGUGUGUUCGAGAAGAAGCAUCUCUCUCUAUGGCGGAUACGCGCGGCGAUGAUCUAGCUGAAUCGCUACAGAAUCUCUUCACGAGUGUAUCAUCCAUGGUGAAAUCCGAGCUCCAGGGAACGAAUAAUCAGCUGGAUCUGUUGGAGAAGAUGAACCUGAGAGUCGCCGCGGAGUACGAUGAUUUGGGUGACGUGGCGGCUGGGCUGAGAGUUUUCGCGGAGCAGAUGAAGUCGAAAAGUGGAGGCUUGGAUGAGUUCGUGGGACAGAUGGACGCGAUCGAGAAACAGGUGUCGGAGUUUGAAGCUGUCAUCUCUGUUCUCGAUCGUUAUGUCUCUGUCCUAGAAUCCAAAGUCCGAGCUGAGUGUCGGAAUCAUCAACAUCAACAUCGUCGGUCUAAUGAGACUGUUACAGAAUGAUUCACCAUUGUAAUAAGAGUUAUCUGAAACGUUACUGAAACUUCGUCUCCUUUCAGUUUUUAAAUUUAACCAAAAUGUAAUUGGAUUGACCAAACUCGUUUCCUUGUGUCUGAACCAAACUAUAGUUGUUGCUUCUUA